CCUCGAGUACCAAUAUUCCUAUUACCCGGUACGGGGGAAAUUGAACGGACGCCAUAAGGACUGUCGAGUUUGUCGCGAUGGGUUCGUAACUCUCAUAGAGGAAUAUUAUUUCCGAGUUACGUUUAUGAAAAAUAAGAAAUUCUUCAGUUUCAUGUAGCUUAAAUUUCUUCUAUGAUUACAUAUGCGUGCGUCAAUGUUGUUAUUUACCUGCGUGGAUUGUAAGCAAGGGGACAAGCUAGAGUUCUCGCAGAAAAUUUAAUGUGGCGAUAGAGGCUAUAACGGCACUGAAAACGCUUUGAGAGAACGGUAAAUAAGACACGUGUCAUCGAACACAUGGAUGAAAAUCUGAAUUGGGGCUAUGAGGAAAAAUAUUCAACUAAUAGAAGCGGUAACUUUGACAUUCAAGAACGCCGUGUUUUCCUAUAGAAAGAAAUACUUCGCUUAGUGAUCGGUGGGGACAUAUUAUUUUAUUGAUUGAUUUCGCUCAACUAUUUAUGAGACAAAUAUGUGGUAGUGCAGUGCUUUAUUGCUAAUACAAAUGGUUAUUGAUUGUGUUCUGAGAAUUUACAUUACGUAAUCAAACUAGCUUUAGUGGUAAUAUUGUCAUAUUUAAGUUGAUCUAACAAAUACAUUACAUACGUAUAGUCUUAAUGUAACAAUAAUACAAAAAUUGUGUCUUAACUAGGAAUUUAUGUAACUUAGCUCGUAAACUGUAAUUGUGCGAAGAGUGGGAAAAGAAACUACACUGUGAUAAACUUGGAAUUUCGGUGAAAUGGCACCCGUUUUGGCUCAUCACGUGCGUCAACUACUCCUGUUGUUAGCCGGUUUCAUAGAUGCUGUCAAGGCGGGCUCGUACUGUUACUACAUCCACGAGGACUACUACGACUGGCGGCAGACUUACUGUGAGAGCGGAUGUUGCCGGCAGCAUGGCGACGAAGACGAGAUCUGCUGCUUCUCGUGGACUAUAGGGAUCAUUAUGGGGAUUGCUUUCGCGUGCGUCGGCUUCAUAGCAGUGAUCGCCUUCCUGGUCGUCUGCUGUCACCAAAUGAAGAAGCGGGGCCGGAUAGGGAGCACCCUCCAACAGGCGGUGGGCGUCCAUCAGGCUCCCGCGUAUCCCCAGAACAACACCGUGGUGUUUGCGACGGCACCGCCUUACCCGUACCCAUAUCAGCAGAACUACCCCGGUUCCGGUUACAACGCGCAUGCGCCUCCGCCCUACACGGCUGUUACCAACCCCGCCUACCCAGUGCAAGCGCCAGGCCGGGACACAGGCCCUGCCGCGCCUAUGUACCCCGCGUUUCCGCCCAGCUCCGAUCCGUAUAACGGAUAUGGGACAGGCAAUGGAUAAAGAUGUGCAAUGCCUGUAAUACAUGAUCUUACGUUGUUGUUUUAGUGAUAUGAUUUAAAACAAAAACAUGUAAUCUACGGCAUAUACAGUUAUGAACCUUUUUUUUUUUAACGAAGCUGAAAAUCUUGGUUAUAUGAUUGGAGAAUGGCAGUCGGGAGGGCGGCGUGGUUUCCUAUCAAUUACUUACGGAAUCCGGAUAGUGCCAUCUAUAAUCUCGCCCUUCUUUCAUCAAGGGCGACACACGACACAUGAAGCGAUAAUAUCGUGUGUCGCUUCUUGUAUCGCGCAAACAACCACAAAGCGACACACGAUAUUUUGAGCGACACACGAAGCGAUACACAAUAUUUUAUUAUUAAAAAAUUGCACAAAUUAUCUGAAUCUCGUGCAUCGCGGUCUAAUUUCAGACCGCGACACGUACACGACACACGAAGCGAUACUCGAUAUUUUGUACGAUACGCGAAGCGACACGCGAUAUUUGUACAAUUCAAAUAUCGCUGUAAUAAUAUAUGGUGUACGCACGGGUCCAAAACUAUUCUAAACCGGCCGGGCCGGUUUAUGAACCGUCCCGGACGGUUUACUAAACUGUGUCGGACAGUUACAUAAUUUUGAACCGCUCGUGCGUCUGUAAACCGAACCGGGCGAUUUAAUUUGUGGAUAACAAACCGUUCGAUACAGUUUAGGAAACCGUCCGGGACGGUUUCCUGGGGUAAAUUAUAGUACGGCAUAGGUUUUGAAGAGGAGUCAAUAAAAAAGUAUUUCUUUAACUAAUUCAGAACAUUUUCAAUCUCCGGCUUUGCUUGUGAUAUUUUGUCAAUUGCUUACUUGAAAAAGUAUUAUUCAGUCUAUUCAACCUGUUCGGUUUAAAAGCUGCUUCCUUCAUUGUAUAAAAAAAUCACUGUAAAAGAUGAAAUUCGUUACCUAUGUCAGGAAUACCUUGUGGGCAAAUACAUUUAUUUCGAGUACAUAAACUAUUUAUUUUUAAGUCUGACAUGUUUGGCAGCAACGAUUGAUUGAAGAUUUUGAAAUUCAUGUUUUGUCCGAGAAAAAUAGCGUCGCUCCAGAUGACAACGAUAUUACAUAACGCUCGUAAAACUUCAAAGGAAAGCAUUAUAGCAAUCCUACUCCAGUAAUAAUACCGUAUCGGACAGUUUAAACCGUCCCGGACGGUUUAUGCGCACGAACGGUCCAAAACUUUCCUAAACCGUCCCGGGCGGUUUGUAAACUGUCCGGGACGGUUUACAAACCGUCCGGGACGGUUUAUAUACCGUCCGGGACGGUUUAGAAUAGAUUUGGACCAGUUCGUACACCAUAAUAAUAUCGCCCGUCGACUCUCGCGUUUUCAAAAAAUCAGGGGAGACCAAAAGGGGCAGCCAUAUUGAUAAUCAAUGGUUAGAAAAUACUCUAACACAAUGUUUAAAAAACCCGAGAGUCGACAGGCGAUAUUAGUGCAGCGAUAUUUGAACAGUACACAUAUCGCGUGUCGCUUCGUGUAUCGCGCAAAAUAUCGUGUGUCGCUUCGUGUUUCGUGUGUCGCCCUUUGAACGCGAGACACGAUAUUUUGCGCGAUACUCAAAGCGACACACGAUAUUUUGCGCGAUACACGAAGCGACACGCGAUAUUAACCACGAUAUAUUGCCUUUUGGGCUACCAAGACAAGGGCGAUAUUUCGUGGUACAUUCUCGCGCGUCGCUUCGUGUAUCGCUCAAAUAUCAUGUGUCGCGCAAAAUAUCGUGUAUCGCUUCGUGUGUCGUGUGUCGCCCUUGCUGAAACAAGGGCGAGAUUAUAGAUGGCACUAUCCGAAUUUCGUAAUUACUUGUGCUUGAAUAACCCAAAGUUGAUUAAGGUUCGAUAUAUAUGACAAGCUUUCAUUGAGAACUGGUAUUGCAUUCCGGAUUAGUCCGUGCACCAAAGGUCACGUGUACUAAAGAUAUAAAACCAGUUUCCACUCAAUAGCUACAAAAGAUGAACAUGUAUUACACUGGCAUUUUGUGUGUAUGUAGCUAGUAUGAAUACCCAGUUUGGAGUUGCACAAUUAUUUAAAUUAAAACAGUCGACGUUGAAAAAC